AUGAUAUCAUUAAAUAUAUAAAAUAUUUAUACUAUGCGUCAUGGAGCAAGAUAUUCACUUAAUUCUUAAGUAAUAUAAGGUAAGGCUGAAUAUGAAUUUUAUAAAAAAAGAGAAGGAUAAUUAACAUCAGUUGGUAUGCUUUAACACUAUAAUUUUGGCAAUCUUGUUCGUUAAGAAUAUGUUGUUUAAAAAAGAUUUCUUCCAAAUAAUUAUGAUAUUGAUAGUACAUAUGCAUUUUCUUCUAAUGUAAAUAGAACUUUAUAGAGUUUAUAAAGUUUCUUAUAUGGUUUAUAUCCUCUCAGAACUGGCAUAGCAUUACCUCAAAAUUUAGCUGAUAAUUUAAAAGAAGCUCCAUAUCAUUAGAAUUAAUAAUAAUAGCAUGCAUAAUAAGUAAAUGAUUUUCUUAUUAAUAAUGAGAGGUUUGCUUUACCUGAGGGUUAUUAUCCUUAUGUGAUAUAAUAAUAUACUGAUAAUUUAAAUAUCCUUAAAUUUAAAUGUAAACCUUCAAAAUCAAAACUCAAAGAAUAAAAUCUUAAAGAAAACAUUGUAAUGUUAGAAGAAUUUUACAAAAAAUAUGAAACUCAAGUGAAUUAAGUAGCUGCAAAAAUAGGUAUAAAUUAUACUUUAGAUGUUAAAAAUAUGUCGGCUUUUGUAGAUUGGGUAACUACUUCAAGAUUCUUAGGUAUUGACUACAAUAUAACCAUAUAAGAUAACUGCCUUAUAGUAACUAAUGAUGUCCAAACUUACACUGUAUGA